AAAGACUACGGUUUCGUUGACUCGUAGUGACAGUUCUCACACACAAUUCAACGAGUUUAGUACAAACUGAAGUUCCGGGUCUCUUGUGUUCUCUAAACAAAACAAACUCCUCAAAAUGAAACUCUUCCUCGUCGCAUUCGCACUAAUUGCCAGCGCAGCCGCUGAUGUCAGCCAUUUGAGCCGCGAGUACUUGCCACCUGUGCAACCUGGCCAUCAUAGCGGUAGUGGCAGUUCUCACUACAGUGCUGUUGGUGGUUCGGCCGGCUUCGGUUCAAGCGGCAGUUCUCACUUCGGUGCUCCUAGUGGUUCCGUCAGCUCAAGCGGAAGUUUCGGUGCUAUUGGUGGCAGCGCAAGCGUCGGUUCAAGCUCUGGCGCCAACGCUGGCCACAGCGGUACAGUGUCCUACAGCAGUCAGCAACACAGCCACGAUUACGGACAUGGACAACAAUCGCAAGCAGUGCACGUCAGUUAUGACAGCGCACCAGUAGCACCAGCACCAGCACCAGAGCCAGAGCAAGAGCCAGAACCCAUAGCAGCCGCACCAGUUGAAGCUGACGGCGCCGUCUCUUAUGGCUCAUACGAUCAGGCUGAAGUGCAACAACAAUAUGAAGGCGCUGCCGAGGUGGAACAGCAACAAGUGGAUGCUGGUGUUAGUGGUGCCAAUGAUGAAUCCGGUGCCGCCUAUGGUGGUAGCCUCGAUUUGAGCAGCCAAGAUGCUAGCUUACAAUAUUUCGACCACAACAGCCUGUUGACCGACAGUUAUGGCAACAAUGUGGGCGCUCACGAAUCGCAUGUGAGUUUGGCGGCUGCACAAGGUCCCGCUAUCCGCUCGCCACAACCUACAUCGUUCUCACCCGCCGCUUCGCAUGAUGCGGUGCAACAGUAUGUGAGUGCUGGUGCUGGUGCCGGCGCUUCGUCUGGCGUGGAGACACAGUAUGGCUCCAAUGGUGGUUAUAUCUAUUAAAUUUAGUUUUUAGAAAUAUGGAUAUUCGUGCUGAAAUUUGUAAUACGGUAGUUUGUUAAGCGAGAUGGAAAAAAAUUAAAAUAAAA